UCAUGCUUCCGUCCUGCAAGCCCUCCUCCCCUUGAGUGUGUCGGCGGGGCUGCCUGGGCUGCUGCUGUCUGCCUGCUCGCCUGCUGCACAAUCCAACAUGGAGUAACCAGAGAUGGGGCUCGUACGGGGCCACCCUCAGCAACAUCAACCUACAUUCUCAACCGAGGAAUUCACGAGGACAGUCCAUUAAGCGCUCCAGAACUUUAAAUCCGGAAAAUACCUUUGGAGAUAUUGACCGACGGGAUACACAUUCGCCGUGCGUCUGCGUCUUCAUGAGCAACUGGUUUGCUUCCAUAGGGGAGAGCGAAUAGGAGAGAGCACGAAGCGGAGAGAGGGGGGGAAAAAGCAAAAGCAUCAAGACGAAGACGGGAGAGAAAGAACAAAACAAACACCUAAGGGUUCGAUUAAAUCAUACAUCGAGGAGUAUUGUUUUAGAGUGGCAAGAACAUGACGAGCGAAAUGCGCGCACCCAUUGUGGGAUUGUUUUGGAGGUGAAACGAGAAAAAUGAUUGAAGAAACACACCCAAACGAUGACAGUUACAUUGUGCGCGUCAAAGCGGUGGUCAUGACACGGGACGACUCGAGCGGCGGCUGGCUGGCGCAGGAGGGCGGCGGCCUCAGCCGGGUGGGCGUGUGCAAGGUGCCGCCGGCCGAGCUGACGGGACGCUGCAGCUUCCUCAUCCACGGCGAGCGGCUCAAGGACAAUCAGGUGAUCUUGGAGUGCUUUGUGCGGAAGGACCUGAUCUACACCCGAGCGACGCCCACCUUCCAUCACUGGCGGGUGGACAACAGGAAGUGCGGCCUGACCUUCCAGAGUCCGGCGGACGCCCGCGCCUUCGACAGGGGCGUGCGCAAGGCCCAGGAGGACCUGACGGAAGGCUCCACUACUUCCUCCUCUACACUCCAGAAUGAGGCUGAGUUGGGUGAUGAUGAUGUAUUCACGAACAAUACCGACAGCUCAUCCAACUCCUCUCAGAGGAAAGAGCCGCCUAUGCAGCCUCUGGCCACCUCCACCUUUUAUGAGCCCCACCGGCACCACUGCAUGCUGGGCCACAUCCACGAACCCUACCGCUCCUCAGACCACUACUUCCUGGAUCAGUCAGUGCCCAAGUUCCCCCGGCAUGUCAGCUUCCUGGACGAGGAGGAGGACAUCGUGCGGAUCAACCCCCGCGAGCGCAACUGGAUGACCGGCUACGAGGACUACCGGCACGCCGCCGUGCGCGACCGCUUCAUCCAGCCCGACGAGCUAGACUCUUACGUGCACUUCGCCAAGAGCGAGCCCUCCAAACACGACUACAGCUACCCUUACACGCCCGGCUCGGACCUGAUCUCGGGCCGCCCGGGGGACCUCAAAGGCGACGGUGGCGGCGGCGGGGGAGGACUCCUGGGGGGCUCGGUCAUCUCCACGCAGCCCAAGGGCCAGCGCAAGCGCGGCGGCAAGGAGCAGGGCGAGCGCUCGCGCUGCCAGUACUGCCGGGACAUGUUCAACCACGAGGAGAACCGGCGCGGGCGCUGCCACGACGCGCCCGACCCUGUGCGCUCCUGCGUCCGCCGCGUCAGCUUCAUGUGGUGCGCCGACAGCCUGCUCUACCACUGCAUGUCGGACCCGGAGGGCGACUACUCGGACCCGUGCUCGUGCGACACGGCCGACGAGCGCUUCUGCCUGCGCUGGGCGGCGCUCCUCGGCCUGUCCGUGCUGGCGCCCUGCCUGUGCUGCUACCCGCCGCUCCACGCCUGCCACCGCUGCGGCCUGGCCUGCGGCUGCUGCGGCGGCAAACACAAGGCCAUGGCGUGAGACCAGCCCGGGACGGAGAGAGCGAGAGCGAAUGAGAGAGAGAGAGAGAGAGAGAGAAAGAGAGAGAGAGAGUGAAAGAGAAGCUGGUCAGGACUGAUGGAAGAAAGGGUUCUCUUACUUUUUGUCUUUUUUUUUUUAAAACUAUUGAUCUCUCUCUGGGGUUCCAGAUGGACAAAAAAAAAGAACAUGGUGCAGUUAACUUUCUAUUUUUUUUUUAAAUAUACAUAAAUAUAUAUAUAUAGAAGAAUAUAUGUGUUCCUUAUUGUCCUGCGCAUAAAGGAGGUUCCUCCUCAUUUCCUUGUGAAACAAAAUGGCUCUUGGUUUUCCCCGUCUCCAGGCCUGUGUGCUUGUCAUGCAUCACAUAUGCAGGUACUUUAUAUUUUUUACACUGAUUUUAGGUUCAACAACUUGAAUUGUCUGUUUUGUUUGUUCUGUUGAAAUAUGAUGGUUGGUAUGUGUCUCCUCAUCCCUUUGUGAUGUUCUCUUGGUUUGCUGUGGCCAGCCAGCCAGCUGCUCAUUGGCUGGCCUCUUCCUGGACCCCCCCCCACCCCCACCCCCACCCCACCCCACCCCACCCCAGAGUAACUGCCAUGGUUACUCCAACAAAGCUCCUGAACGCAUAUAGAACAAUAAGCCUGAGGUGAACUUGAGACACUAAACCUGUAGUAACAUUGAGUUUAGAGUGAGAGUGAGUGGGAAAGAGUGUGUGUGUGCAUGUGCGUGUGUGUGUGUGUGAGUGUGUGAGGGAGAGAUGGAAGGACAGAAAAACAGACAGACAGACAGACAGACAGAGGACGGAGGAGUAGAGUUCUCUGGCCCCGUUUAGGGGUGUUUGUAAAGGAAUGAUACUGUUGAUUAAUGGAAUAGUGUUGUUUAUUCUAUUUAAGCCAAAUUGUCAUAAGCUGCAGUCUGGUUACAUGUGACAGAUGCCCAUGUGCUCAUUCAAACUUCUCGGUCUGAUCACCCCCAAACAACCCUUUUCUUUUCUGCCAAUAACAUAUUAGAAAUUUUAAAGCGUUUACCCCCAUUUUGUUCUAAAAGGGGACAGGGGUCUUCUGUUUUUUGUAGUUUAAAAAGUCUGAAAUAUCCAAAGAUUAUUUUAUUCUAUUUAUUUUCUCUGUGAAUUUAAACCAACAGCCAAAGGAAAGGCAGGGGGAUCUUAUUGUCUCUCUCAGUACGUAAGCACAGCCAGGGGCCUCAGAAAUCUGUCCAGACUAUUCUGUCUCUGACCACUACAGUGGUUGACUAAAAACUUCUAAAAGCUUAAAACUCCACAUGGAUGUCAGGAAGAAGAAAACCAACCUCUGAAUUGUUUCUUAUGGGAUAUGACAGAGGAAUUUGUUGAAAUAUGUUGGGAUAUGCUUAACAAUGUUUGCUGUCUGAUUGGAAUGUAAUAUCUUGGCUUUUAGGCGUGAGUGAGCCAACAGGUCUCUUGUCUGUUUCUUGACUAUAAUGUUGUUUGUUUAAGCCUUAAUCAGAGAGAGAGGUGAAGGUUUUAUAUUUUAAUGUAAAAAAAGCUCUUGAAUGCAGCGGGGAGGGGCUCUGCAUAAAGUGUUCACCCUCAGCGAAGCAGGAACUCAGUUUCUCAUGUGUUACAAGCUUGAAUAUCCCACAAGAGGAAAUAAUAAAAUAUUUUUGUAAGGUAUUAAAAAAGAGGAUCCAGGAUAAAAAAACAUUGUUUUUUUUUUAUGUAGGAUGGAGUUCAAGUAGAAUCGCAUAGUACAAUCUAUGAGGCAGCUGAAGUGUGAUUGUGUGCGGUAGACCUCAGACAACCAAUCACAACUCCUAGUUGCCUCUCCAAACCCGCCCAUCCUGUGAAUGAUACUGCAACUGUCCCAAUCGUCUUUCCCCUCACGUUGCCGAUGGUCUUGGCUGGGUUAGCUAUACGGUGCCUCGAAGAAGUGUUUUCAGUCGUUGUUCCCCCUCCUCUUCUCUGUUCUUCAGCUCUGUCCAGAGCCGCCAAGCCCCACAACUGGGACGUGCAGGAAGAGUUUGCAAUAAUUCAUCAAUUCCACAUGCGUUGCUCUGCAGCCCUGGGAAUGAAAUGUAAAGACAACUUUAUUGUGCUGUAGUAUAGGAGUGGAGGAGAGAGGAAUUCAAUUCUCCCACGAGUGGAUCCACAAUGAAUGCCAAAAAUCACUUGCAUUGUGCUAUUUUCAUUUAAAUUCAGUGUGUGUUUUUUUCAAUUCCGAGGAAAGCAGAGUGGAAAAGUAAUUUGGGCAACAUAAAAGUAUCUUUGCAGCAUUGGUAUUUGAUUGGACUCAUUGGAAAACCACUAUCAACGUUUCUGUAAAUUGAAAUCAGAUGAUAGCUAAAUUUGGUGCUGUAUCUCUUACUUUGAUUAACACAGUUUUGCACAUGGUCCCUGAAAGAAACUUAACUACAUACUAGACUCGACCAGUGAUGACCAAGUCUGCAUGUCCCAGGGGGGAAGUGAAGGGGCACUGGACAGGAAGCUGGGGUCGGCAAAAAUUCACACCCACUCUUCUUUUCAUCCUUUGUGUAUGAUCGCCAUCAUCAUCAGCUUCCUCCAAGUUUUUCCAUUUUAUUUUGCUUUUAUUCUUUUUUUUUUUUUUUUAAUCUGUUGAAAAGGAACGUUAACCAAAAGCAUCACGUCUGGUUGCAAAAUCUAGCUCUCUCAUGUAACUCUUUAAGAAGUGCCUGAAGCAUUGAUUCAAUAUUCAUUGUUCAUCUAUCUCCUUAUAUACUUAAACAAUGAAAAUAAACCCUCUUGUAUUGAUUAGGUUUGUUUUUUACAAUAAGAAUUUUUACCUCUGUAAAAAGUAAAAAGCAAAAAAUAUAUAUAUCAAGUGUAUGAUGUACAUUUUUAUUUCUAUUUUUUUUAAUCGUUUCUAACAUGUAUGAUUGAUGUAGCUCUUGGUUUUAAGAAAGACGAUGAAAAAGACAAAAUGAAAGAUUGAGACUUUACUCUGUAAAUACAAGUAGACCAUAUCAGAUGAUACCGGAAGUGAGGCCUGGCCAGUAAGUAAUUGUGUGUCAUAGGUCCCAAUAAAAAAUCGACAGAAACCAC